AUGAGAGAACUCAUAUCGGAGCCACAACAGCGGCGGUCCAGAUUUCGAAAUAACAAAUUUAGAACACGCCGAGAUUUAUCAGCCGAAUAUCGAUUCGCAUAUCCAUUUUUCAUCUCCUCAUGCAUGUGGCUGAGGCUGCUGAAAUCAAGCCUAUUCCGCAAAGUCGCCUCUCGAUGCAACCCCCCUAUGUCUAUCCCUGGCCAACUCUAUUACCCUGUUUUCGGGCCCCUUGCCAGCGUGCUCACAUCUUUUCGCAUUCUUGUUUUCCUUUUUUCCCCUCCCCUUUGGUCGCUUGUGAGAGGGUUAGGAGCUGCACACAUAAUAUCAGUUUUACAGGCCCUGACGCGUCUCGUCUCCACCACCAACAGCCUCUUUGGUAACUCUCCGAUAGCCAACCGCAGCCACAAUUUUAAAGGGGUCUUGCCUGUCGUUCCUGGAUGCUCGUCAAUAGCUCGUCAUUGUAGCAGAACAAAUCAGAAGUGA